AUGGCGACGAAAUUGAGGAUCUUGGUCCCGGUCAAACGGGUGAUUGACUAUGCUGUCAAACCGCGAGUCAACAAGGCGCAAACCGGCGUCGAGACCAACGUCAAGCACAGCAUGAACCCAUUCGACGAACUCUCAAUCGAAGAAGCCGUCCGUCUCCGCGAGAAGGAAAAGCCCGUCGAAGACAUCCUCGCCUUCUCCGCCGGACCCGCCAAGUCCCAGGACAUCCUCCGCACAGCCAUGGCGAUGGGCGCCGAUCGCGGAAUACACGUCGUGGAGGAGAAGCAAGAGAUGGAGCCGUUGGGCGUGGCGAAACUGCUGAAAAAGGUGGUCGAGCAAGAGGAUAGGAAUCUGGUGAUUCUCGGCAAACAAAGCAUCGACGACGACGCCAACCAGACGGGCCAGAUGCUCGCGGGCCUCCUCAACUGGCCGCAAGCCACGCAGGCCUCGCAGGUCGACAUCGACGGCGACACGUGCACCGUCACGCGCGAGGUCGAUGGGGGCGUGGAGACGCUCCGGGCGAAGCUGCCCAUGAUCAUCACGACGGAUCUGCGGUUGAAUGAGCCAAGAUAUGCGAGUCUGCCGAAUAUUAUGAAGGCGAAGAAGAAGCCGCUGGAGAAGAAGACGUUGGCGGAUUUUGGCGUCGAUGGCGAGAAGAGGCUGAAGACGGUCAAGGUUGCGGAGCCGCCGGCUCGGCAGGGCGGUGGGAAGGUGGAGGAUGUGGAUGGGAUGAUUGGGAAGUUGAAGGAGUUGGGGGCUCUAUAA